UCGAGAAGUAGGUUAGCAGGGUAGACUGAGAACCUUGCAAGAACCUUGGAACCUUGCAAACCAAGCUAAACCACCGUGGGAGUAUUCUGUCAAGAAGUUACCGAAAUAGUGCAUCGAGACAAACAGGAAAACAUGCAACUUGAACUGUCGAAUUUCUUUGCAUUUAAUUAACUGUCGCAAGACUCUCCUCGCUGAUUUUUGCCUUAUUUUCUGAAAAAGUCGUUUCUAGUUCAUUAGGCUAAAUAAGUUUUUUUUGCGUGCCAGCAAAUGCUGGUCUUUCAACAGUUUUACAGAUAUUUGUAUUCAGUUACAACCCACAUGAAGUCAAAUUCAUUGAUCCAGAAACGAUAAAUAUUCAACAUGAGAGCUCAAAUAGAAAUAAUACCCUGCAAGAUAUGUGGGGACAAAUCCUCAGGUAUCCACUAUGGGGUCAUUACCUGCGAAGGUUGCAAGGGAUUCUUCCGCCGCAGCCAGCAGAACAAUGCCAUGUACUCGUGUUCCCGCCAGAGAAACUGUCUUAUUGACCGAACCAACCGCAAUCGCUGCCAACACUGCAGACUGCAGAAGUGUCUGGCUUUGGGCAUGAGCCGGGACGCGGUGAAGUUUGGCCGUAUGUCUAAGAAGCAGCGAGACAGCCUGUACUCUGAGGUUCAGAAGCACCAGAAGAACCAGGAGGUUCUGAACCAGGAGGUUGUGAACCAGGGGUGUCUGAACCAGGGUUUGUCCCUGACCGGGGAAGAUGUGGCAGGGGGAGACAGUGAGGGGGACAGGCACAGGGAGCUCAGUCACUCCUACAGCAGCGGCGGCUCCAGCUCCACCCUGAGUGACCUGGAUGACAUCCCCGACCUGUUUGACCUGCCCUUGACCCCGGAGGAGGCCCACAAGUACUGCAGCCUUGAGCUGCUGGGAGGCCACGGAGGAAGCACCGGGAACACCUCAAACUCUUCAUCGUCAUCAUCCUCUAACAAUUCGUCCAAUCAGAACUCGCCGCAGCAGAAUCUGCUGGAUGUCACCGACGCCAAUGGAAUCAAACAUGAGUACCAGAUGUUGUGGCACACACAAGCCGCGCUGCUGGAGCCACUGGCUGAUGACUGCAUUCUUAUGGAUAUAGAGCGUAUCACCCAGAGUGUGGUCAAGUCCCACUUGGAGACGAGUCAGUACAGUUCUGACGACCUGAAGAGGCUGACAAACAGUGGGAUUCAUUACUCACCUGAGGAGACCCGCAACUUCCAGUGCAAGUCUGAAGAGUUUAUGUGGCAGCAGUGUGCCCACCACAUCACCAAUGCCAUCCAGUACGUGGUGGAGUUUGCCAAACGCAUCACUGGCUUCAUGGACCUGUGUCAGAACGACCAGAUCAUUCUGCUCAAAGCAGGCUGUCUGGAGGUGCUGUUGAUCAGGAUGUGCAGAGCGUUUAACGCUAACACCAACACCAUGUUCUUUGAUGGCAAGUUUGCUUCCGCCCAGCUCUUCAAAGCCCUCGGUUGCGAUGACCUGGUCAGUGCCGUGUUUGACCUGGCUAAAGGUCUCUGCCGCCUGCAGCUGACCGAUGAGGAGAUGGCUCUGUUCAGCGCCGCAGUCCUUCUGUCCCCAGAGCGACCAUGGCUGACCGACAGCCAGAAGGUCCGGAAGCUGCAGGAGAAGCUCUUCCUGGCUCUGCAACACAGUCUGCACAUGAGCGGGGCCGCCGACGACAAACUAGACCAGAUGGUGUCCAAGCUGCUGAUGAUGAAGUCCAUCUGUAAUCUCCACGUCAACAAGCUGGAGUUCUUCCGUCUGGUUCACCCCGAGACCGCAUGCAGCUUCCCACCACUCUAUCGGGAAGUGUUCGGGAGUGAGAUCUCUCUACCCGACUCUACAAACAGCUCCUAGAGAGAAAUAUGGAGUGAAUGUGUUAGAGGCAGGUUAAGAAAAGUGUGGAGAUAUGAAAGCGAAAGGGGAGAUUGAGCGAGGGAUAUAAAUAUUGAACUCAGAAAUAACCAGCAGUUAACUAGACAAUCCAGGACUUAAAAUACUCAGUUUCCCAGCAUGCUGUGGCGUUAUUCCUCCACUAUCCUAGCAGGCCAUGCACCUUACACUACAGACUUCACCUUCAGGGUCCUUUUGUACUGUAGCACUUUGGACAAACUAAUGGGCAAUAUGCAUAUUCUACAGUGUGAACAUAGAUCAUUUAACAUUAGGACAUCGAUGCUCCCCAACCCCGUCAUGAAUGUACCUCACUGACAACCACCAAUGUACCAGCCAGAACCACACACCGAAUGUACGUAUUAACACUCUGGGACAGUUUGACUGGUUGAAUUAGAAUCAUUGUAAUGCUAUGGUUCUACUCAACAGACCCAGGGUUCUUUAAUUUAUAGUCCCAAAGACACAGUUAUCAGUGGUACACAUAUGUAGACUGCAUGUAUGUUGGACAUGUAUGUACUCACCAGCCCCAAGAGACCAAGAUUAUCAUUCAGUUAUUUCUCUGUUACAAAUGAGGAUAUAAACAUGUAUGACAUGCCACACUACUUGGUCAUGGCCUUAUUGGUCAAUUAUUCUUUAUUGAUCGUCUGCCUACAGGUUUAUAGCAAACUCACAGGAUGGUCACACACUCAGACGUAGGCACUUGUUCUGACAGUGUUUGGUGCUGCCCUUUGUAGACUUAAAAAAUGCAAUGAGAAACCUCAGUCGCUCACCUACUUCCCUUGAGAGAGAGAGUCAGGUUUCCAUGGCAACACCCACCCCCAUAGCAACCCAAUGGGGUUACGCAAUGUAUGUCAUUUGACCAUUCGGGAGGCUGAACACUCUUUGCAUAGUGAACACUGCCAAGGUAGGCAGCCCAAUCACACGAAGGCAAAGGAGGGUCUCUAGUAGAAUAGCCCAACAUUGUCAAUGAAACGGACUCUUGCCUCAUGAGACCACGCUGGGUGAAAGAAACAGCAGAAGACAGAACAUAAGAAGAGACGAGGACACUUUAUGAACUCUGAAUAACAAAGAGACUUGAGGAGAACAGCUCCUCUGUGAGAGUCCUUAACCACCAACAUCCAGCCAAUAGGAAUAGUCUCCCAUUCACUAAUGCCUUGUCUUUGGGUUACAGUUAAAUUGUCUGUGUGUAAACUCUCUUUGCUGGUUGGAUCAACUGUAUUAUUGUUGUACAUUGCUGUUUCCGUGUCAUCUACUCCUCACCAAAUGUCAAAGAUCGUUCCUAUCCACUAUCCCACUGGGCGAGCACAAAUCUAAGGAUGGCCCGAGCUACCAGCUACCCCCCUGAGUUAGACAUAAUUUGUAUAAGGUUUAUGAGUCAGACAGGGCAUCUCUUAACCCUUUGAGGAGCAUGGACAGACAACAUAUCCUGAUUCUACUUGUUCUUAUUGAACUGUAAAGUUCCACAACAGAAUACUGAGAAUAAGGUUCUAUGAACUCACUCCACAAAGGGCUAAAAGUGACUUGUAGCCACUCAGGGAGCUAGCUAUGUUCUGUCAGUCUCUACUAGCAGUGUCUUCUACUAGCAGUGUUUUCCUCUCACCUUGCAGCUAAGACAAGACCCAUAACCUUGAUCACUGUGUACGUAAUCUUUGUUUGUGAAUGUUACUCACACAGUGUCAGAGACCUUUCCCCUUUCUCAAUAUUAUAACACAAUCUGAAUUUUACAAGACACAAUCUAAAAAAUAUACAUAUUUUUAGAACAUGUUAUUCUUGGGAUUUAAUGUUGCUUUUGUUGUGAGUGUUAUUUCUGUUGGUCUUUGAUAUUUUUCUUUUCCUCCUGUUAUGUCAUCACAUUUUUGUCUUGUAAAAUAAGUGAUCUAUUUUUUUAAAGAAAACCUUAAAAAAAACAGAAACUUUUUUUCCUCUCUAUUCCCUGUAAGACAAAAUGUACAAUAGGUAUAUUGUCAGUCAAAGAGUAAACAAGUUACUCAGCUCAAUGUAUAUUCUUGUAUGUUGGGAUACUUUAC